CCUGAUCCCACGCGCUCUUGAUGUCCGUCUCACUGAAGAAAUACUUCCCCAUCAUCACGAGCCCAGAAGAGCCCCGCUGACAGAGUCCUGAACAGAGAAACACACAUCUGUGAAGGACGCAUGUGCAAACCCUUCAUCAUCUUCAUCCUUCAGUCUGAUUCUCAUUAGAGUCUCACAGCAUCCGUCUGCAUCCACACGAGCCCGUCGACAUGAGAUCCCACUGCAUCUGCAUGGUGUGUUUUGUGGUGUGUGUGUUUGGAUGGCAUGAUCUGGAUAACCGUGAAUAUGACUGCUGGCCGCUGGACAAACCUGACGAACUCAACAUGAUCGACUGCGGAGGUCUAGAGAUGGCGUGGGUUCUCCGUCCUCCAGAGAAGGUUCUGAGCGGUGAGGAUUUCACUGUCAUUUACUCCGUGACCGUCAGAGACGAGUUUUACCAGUGGGCCGUCGACAAUGACAUCUUCAUACACCGGUCCAUCACAGAUCCAGCUGAAGCCAGACACUUCUGUGAGCAGCACGAAUGUCCCGCCGACUGGAAGAACGCCAACGGAGAAAACUGCUGCAUCCAUCACGCCAACAUCCACUCCUGCCCCAUGGGAUUCAUGAAACAAGCGGAGGAGAGAAUCUGUGGCCCCUGGAUCCCUGACGACGGCCGGAUAUUCACUCACACCAUCUCCACUUCAGGAACAAUGGCCCAGACCAACUGGAGCGCCAAGGUGGUGUUGUUUCACGAGGGAUUGACGUCUCUGAUCGCUCACAUCCGUGUGGGAAACAUGCAGGUCGCACUGGAGGCCAAGAGCACCGUCCUGCCCGCUAUCAUGUGCGGUGAUGGUCUGUGUGAGGAAGACGAGAGCUGCUCCACGUGUCCCGCCGACUGCGGCGACUGUCCUCUGAGCUCUGCUGCUCGAGCUGCUAUCGCCCUCACCGUCACCACCAUCAUCAUCAGCUUCAUCAUCAGCGCUAUGUGUUUUAAAUAUCAGAAACAGAAACUCUUCUGGGAUGAGAGCUGGAUCAUUGACUUCAAUCACAUUAAACAAGAUUACAUUGCCCGGGCAACGAUGGGCAGCAUCAUGAGCGUCCCAGCGGCCAACAGCGACUCUAACGCCAGCUGUGUGACGGCACUGAGCUCCUACACAGGCGCCACCACGUCACGCAAACAACUCUACACACAGACCGGCAUCUAUGAUGGACGAACUGUUGCAAUCAAGAAAAUAAAAACGAAAACGUUUUCCCUCACAAACACGAUUCGCCAAGAAGUGAAGCAAGUCAGGGAGCUGGAUCAUACCAACCUCUGUAAGUUCUUUGGAGGUUGUGUGGAGGUUCCCAACAUCGCCAUAAUAACAGAGUACUGCCCUAAAGGAAGCCUGAACGACGUCCUGCUGAACGAUGAGAUUCCCUUAAACUGGGGCUUCAGGUUCUCCUUCGCUACAGAUAUCGCUCGCGGGAUGUCGUACCUCCAUCAGUUUAAGAUCUGCCAUGGACGACUGAAAUCAGCCAACUGUGUGAUCGACGACCGCUGGGUGUGUAAGAUCACAGAUUACUGUCUGUGGACGUUCCGGCGCGAGGACUGCGCUGAGCCACUCACCACCUACCAGCAGAGACUGAAGGAGGUUUACACGCCGCCCGAGGCCCAGAGCGGCAGCCAGGAGCCCACGCUGUCCGGAGACGUCUUCAGCUAUUCAAUAAUCUUACUGGAGAUCGCCACCCGGAAUGACCCAGUGCCGGCGGAGGACAGCUCUCUGGAGUGCGGCUGGUGUCCUCCGCUGCCGGAGCUGAUUUCGGGGAAAGCUGACAGCACCUGCCCCUGUCCUGCUGAAUACGCUGAGCUGAUUCGCCGAUGCCGUGCUCAUAACCCCACCCACCGGCCCACCUUUGAGCAGAUCCGCAAGUUUGUCCACAGAAUCAAUCCACACAAAGUCAGUCCUGUAGACAUGAUGAUGGAGCUGAUGGAGAAGUACAGUAAACAUCUGGAGGUUCUGGUCAGUGAACGGACUCAAGAUCUGAUGCUGGAGAAACAGAAGACCGACAGACUGCUUUACAGUAUGCUGCCUAAACAGGUGGCUGAUGACCUGCGUCAGGGCAAACCUCUACAAGCCCAGAGUUACGUCAGCGCCACUGUGUUCUUCAGUGAUAUCGUGGGAUUCACGCAGUUGUCCAGCAGUAGCACUCCUUAUCAGGUGGUGGACUUCCUCAACAAGCUCUACACCACAUUUGACGAGAUCAUCGACAACUACGAUGUUUAUAAAGUGGAAACCAUCGGCGAUGCAUAUAUGGUGGUGUCCGGCGUGCCGCGAGAGAACGGGAUUCUGCACGCGUCUGAGAUCGCCAGCAUGGCUCUGGAUCUGGUGUCUGUCUGCAAGACCUUCAGAAUCCCCCACAGACCACAAACCCAGCUGCAGAUCCGCGCUGGAAUACACUCAGGUCCAGUCGUCGCAGGAGUUGUGGGAACUAAGAUGCCGAGAUACUGUCUGUUUGGAGACACGGUGAACACGGCGUCCCGCAUGGAGUCCACCAGCGAAGCGCUGAAGAUCCAGUGCAGCUGGAGUGUGUUUUACCUGCUGGAGGAGAUCGGUGGAUAUGUGCUCACCUGCAGAGGAGUCUUACAGGUCAAGGGUAAAGGUGACAUGGUGACGCACUGGCUGGAAGGCAAGUGUUCCUCUGCUCCGGCUAAAGACGCGAGGAAACCCGUGACGCUGCAGGAGAGCGAGAGAGUCCCGGAGACGCUCGCUGACGAUUACUCCAGUAUCCCAGGAGUCCUCAGCGGCUCCGACAGCGCUGACCUGCUGCGUGACCCCUGACCCCUGUAGAGCACGCUUUAGUGUACCUGCUGUUUCUUUAGGAUGGUGACAUAUACUGACUUUAGUUGUAAGUGUAUCUUUAGCUGUACUUCUGUGUUUUUUUCAGUGUUUGUAGCAUCAGAAUAACAGCAACAGAGCCUAAAUACUAAAGCACUGAUCAUAUAGAUUUAUAACUAAAAAAAUUAAAACAAAUGCAUUUAAUGAUGCUGAUAUGCCACUUAUUUAUUUUUGUUUAAUUUUAUUUUAUGAAAAAGAGCUUCAUGCUUUUAUUCAUCAAGGCAGCAUUAAAUUGAUUAAAAGUAAAGACAUUUCUAAUGUUACAAAAGAUUUCUAUUUCACAUAAAUGCUGUUCUUUUGAACUUUCUGUUCAUCUGUGAAUCCUGAAAAAUCAAAUGUAUCACGGUUUCCACAAAAAUAUUGUGCAGCACGACUGUUUUCAACAUUGAUAAUAAUCAGAAAUGUUUGUUGAGCAGCGAAUCAGCAUAUUAGAAUGAUUUCUGAAGAUCAUGUGACGCUGAAGACUGCAGUAAUGAUGCUGAAAAUCACAGAAAUAAAUUAUAGUUUAACAGAUAUUCACAUAGAAAAUGGCUAGUUUAAUAUGUAAUAAUAUUUAACUAUUUUUACAGUAUUUCUGAUUAAAUAAAUGCAGCCUUGGUGAUCAGAAGAGACUCUUUCAAAACUAAAGAUCUUACUGGCCCUUUUGAACAGUAGCGCAAAUGGACAAAAAUACAUGUACUUAAUGUUUCAGACAUUCAUUCAUGUCCUUGAAUACACACUUAAGCAUUGUAUAUUUACACACUCAUGCGCACACACACACGUAAAUGAAAGUGUGGUGAAGAGAGAAGAACAGUUUCUGGGUUACAGAGAGAAUUUGGGCUCAGCUGCUGAUCUGAAUGAGAAGCUCUUCAGCAGAAGAACACGAGUGUGUGUGAGUGUGUGUGUGUGUGUGUGUGUGAGAGACGCGUGUGUUUAAUUAACAGACAGGACGAGGUCCGUCACUCGUGUGUCGACUGCAGCUGAUGCACAAUAUCAUAAAUCAUACCUUAUACAAUGCAUGUUUAUGAUGCUUAUUGGUCCUUUAUAUGGUCCAAAUUAAACUAAUAACUCAAAUAUGGUGUGUGUGAACUUCUUGUUUAUAGGUCUAUUGUAUUAAAUCAGUGAUGCUGGUAAACAUCAUACACACACAGAUCUCAGCACUACAGGUGCAGUGACCAAAACGCACACACACACACACUGAUUUCUAAAUGUGAAAGAGACGAGAGCUUUCUGUGGUGAGAGGAAUAAUCAGGUGUCUGAAGGGUCUCAUAAUGAAAUGCGUGAGCGGCACACGAGCACAAAAGAGCCAUUCACUCAAUCAUUUCAUUAACAUCACAGAGAGAACAGCAGACGCAGACACAUGAAACACUCCGGUCAUCAAACACAGCUCUGAGAGAAAAACAUCCACUCAAACUUUCAUCAAACACAACUUCAUCUCUGAAAAAAUCAUAUAGCAACUAUAUGUAUAUACAUACAGUAUAAACUACUUUUUUAUAUAUUGUGGUUUUUAUAUGAAACUAUCAUAUCUUGGUGGUAUUAAUUAAAUAUGAUGGUGCUUUACUGUAA